CCCCGCGCUCGGUCGCUGCAGUCCGACCGACAGGCGAGGGAAGCCCCCAUGGGCCCCGAGGAGCAGGAGGAGGAGCAGGAGGAGGGAGCGGAGGGCUCGGAGGGCUGCCUGGAGGAGGGCGAGCAACGCUGGCAGGACGGCUGCUUGUACCGGGGGCAGUUUGGGCUGAACACGAAGCUGGGAUUCGGCGAGUUCUCCUGGCCCACGGGCGAGUCCUACCGCGGGCAGUUUUACCGGGACCACUGCCACGGCCUGGGCACCUACGUGUGGCCGGAUGGCUCCAGUUUCACAGGCACGUUCUACCUCAGCUGCCGGGAAGGCUACGGCACCAUGUACAUGAAGACAAGGGUCUUCCAGGGGCUGUACAGGGCGGACGAGCGGUUUGGGCCAGGCGUGGAGACCUACCCCGACGGCAGCCAGGACGUCGGGCUGUGGUUCCGCGAGCACCUCAUCAAGCUGUGCACAGAGACACCCAGCGGCUUCUCCCUGCUCCACCACCCCGAGCUCGCCCGCUUCUCCGAGCAGUCUAGGGCGAGACUCAGCCUCUCGGAGGAGGGCAGGGCGGAGUGGGGCCCGCAGCAGGCGCAGGACCCCUUUCUCUACGAGUACAAGCGGUUUCUUCUGCACGAGGAGCUGACGCUGCCGCCCGACAUGUACAUCUACUCCACCGACCACUGCCACCUGCCCAUGACGAGCGCCUUCCGCAGAGAGCUGGACGCCCAGAUCUUCCUGGACGACAUCCCCCUGUAUGUGGAGGAUGAGGAACCCUGGCUCAUAGCAAAUGAGACCCCUUUGUUGGUCAAAAUCCAGAAGCAAGCCUACAAGUUCAGGAACAAGAAAGCUCACAGCAGCUGGAACAUGGGCGCCAUCCUGGAGGGGAACCGUGAGGGCUUUGCACACUGCGGGCCCAAGGAGCAGCUUUCCCGGGAGAUGAUCCUAAAGGCCGAGGAAGGGGACCACGACUGGAUUGCCGGGAUCCUGAAGGACAAUCUUGCCAACGCUAACGUGGCUGAUGCCAAGGGCUACACCGUGCUGGCUGCAGCUGCCGUUCAUUGUCAUAUGGACGUCGUCAACCUUCUUCUGGACUUUGGGGCUGACGUCAACAAGCGCACAGACGAGGGUGUCACGCCACUCAACAUGUGCUUCCUCCUCCACUACCCUGCCAAGUCCUUCAAGCCCAACAUUGCCGAGAGGACCUUGCCUGAGCCCCAGGAGCUCCCCAAACCCCAAGGCAUUCCAACUCUCACGUUUUCACUGGACAAAAUGGACGCGGAGCCUGGGGACGAGGGGCCGGCGCCCAUGCAGGACAGCUCUGAGCAGCCGCAGCCGCUGCAGGCCCCAGAUGCCGAGGGCAGCCCUGGUCCAGGCCCCCAGCAGUCUCCAGAGGCCACCGUGCCGAUGGCCUGCGCUCAGGAGCAGGACUGCCCCUUGGUGAAGGGCAGCGCUGGGGACACAGACAAGGCGAGCCCGGACAAGUGCACGCUGUACAGCAACGAGACCCACUUCGAGUCCAAUCUCUGCGUGCACAACUUCUGCAUCGAGGUCUCGCAGGACAUCCUGGAGAUGGGCGCGCAGGCCCACAGCAUGCUGCCCGCGCCCCCGGCCAGGGACAAAGGGACCAUGAGGAAGAUGGCGCUGUCCAUGGUGGAGCACAGGAACAGGUGGCUGACCAUCAAGCUGCUGCUGCACCGAGGUGCGGACCCCAACCUGUGCCGCGUGCCCGUGCAGGUCCUGUUCUUGGCGGUCAAGGCCGGGGACGUGCACGCAGUGAAGCUGCUCCUGGAGAGCGGGGCCAGGACGGACAUCCGGCUCCCCCAGCAGCUGGGGGCCCUGACCCCGCUCCACAUUGCUGCCGCCCUUCCUGGCGAGGAGGGCGUCAAGAUCACCGAGCUCCUGCUGCACUCCAUCACCGACGUGGACGCCCAGGCGGCCGACCAGGACCACGUGUACAAGCCCAGCAAGAUGGACCUGCAGUCCUCAAGCCUGAAGCUGAGCAAUGAGCCCGGGCCGCCCAGCACCUACUACAGCCCACACACGAGCGUCCCGGACGAGGGGGGCAGGACGGCACUGCACGUGGCCUGUGAGCGCCAGGACAAUGACCAGUGUGCCACGGAAGUAGUCCGGCUCCUUCUGUCCCACAGGGCGAAUCCUAACACACUGUGGAGUGGGCACUCCCCACUGUCGCUGUCCAUCGCCAGUGGGAAUGACCUGAUCGUGAAGGAGCUCCUGUCCCGCGGGGUUGACCCCAACCUGCCCCUGAGCAGAGGCCUGGGGAGCGCCCUGUGCGUGGUCUGCGACAUCGCCUAUGAGCAGCUGAGGAGCACCAGCAGCAGGCUGGCCCUGGUAGACGAGCUCAUUCACCAUGGGGCCGACAUCCUGAAGCCGGUGACGCUCACACAGGGGGACAAGGUGGCUGUGGGCACAGCUGUGGACUACGGCUACUUCAAGUUCUUCCAGGACCGGAAGAUCGCACACUGCCCCUACCACGCGCUGAUGCCCGCAGAGCGGGAGACACUGCUGGCCCGGAAGAGGCUGCUGGAGCACAUGGGCACCCAGCUGCGCCUAGCUGUCCUCGCCAAGGAGAGCCAGUGGGACGCCAGGGCGCUGUACCUGAGCAAGAGAGCGGAGCUGGUCUCGAGCCACAGGCUGAGGAAGAGGAACUCCAGCCUGCCCAAGACGCUGAGCAUGGAAGAGCCGGAGAGCAUCCCCUUCUUCAAGUUCUGCUACCACUGCGGCCGCUCCAUCGGGGUCCGCCUCUCGCCCUGCACGCGCUGCUACGGGAUCCUGACGUGCAGCAAACACUGCAAGACCAAGGCCUGGGCCGAGUUCCACAGGAAGGACUGCGGCGGCUUGGUGGCCAUCGCCAGGGAGCAUCACUAUUCCUCCUGGCUCACGCGGAGCUUCCGGAAGCUGCAAAAAGAGCCGAACAAGGGGGCCCCUCAGGACACGGAGAGCACCAGGACGCCACGGGGCCAUCCGAAGCACGUGCACUCUGGCUACGGCGCGCAGUGA